GGAUUAAGUUAUUUUCAGAAUAAAAAAACAAAAAGGAAUAUAUGUGUAUCCAAUACCUGGAAGCUGUUUGCUCGCAGUUCGCAAGAUCAAACCUAUGGCUGCAUUGCCUAAUUGUAGUUUCUCUGGCGCCAAAUUUUCAAAUCUCAAGAUCAAAUCUCGCCGACCCACCAAUUCUCUUUCGUCUUCUAACUUCUUCAAACCAAUUUUUUCCGCCAACACGUACCCUAGCUUCUCGCUCACCAGGCCGAAAACCUCUCAGACGAAAUUAAUAUCGCCCAAACGCUCGUACCGGUUAGUUGCAGUCGCUGGGUUGGUGGAUGGCAAUUCCGAGACAUACCCAGAAUCGGAACCGAUCGAUUUCAAUAAGGAUGAAACUAUUGACACAAAACUGCCUAGGAGGAGCUUGCUUGUGCAAUUCACUUGUGGUGAAUGCGGUGAAAGAACACAGAGGCUUAUAAACCGAUUAGCCUAUGAACGGGGGCUUGUUUAUGUACAGUGUGCAGGGUGUGAACGAUAUCACAAAUUAGCCGACAAUCUUGGUCUCAUUAUUGAAUAUGAUUUGCGGGAGGAAGUAACUGCAGAAUCAAAUACAGAUCAAGUUUGACAAGUGAUGAUGAGUUUCAGUAUUCAAACAGUUUUCUCCUUCGGAGAUUUUCAUUUGUGAUUAUAAUUCAAACCUCUUCUUUAUUAUAUACUAACUUUAUAAGAAUUGAAAAAAUACAAAAAUGUUGAAUUUCCA